UCAAAGUGUGAUUGACAGUUGUCAGAAAUUGAACGCGAUGCGGUGGGAGUGUGUUUGUUUGGAACAAUUUUCAGCAAUUUCCCAAAUAACUUUUUAAUUGUUAGAAAUUGCUGUGAGUGUGACGACGUAAAGUGACGUAGAAAUAGACGCUAGAGGUUGCACUAGUACGCAGAUUUGGGGGAAGCCUAUCAAAGCUUGUGAAGAAAUGGCAUUCUUUUUGACACCCAAGGGCCUAAAGUGCGAUAAAUGUUGUUAAUUACGAACGAUUCGUGCCGUAAAUUCGCAAGUUCAUGGGUUUUCGGGGAGUUUUGUUGAUAUUAAUGUGAAUUAACGCCGUUACAUGUAUUGAUCAUCGUAUAGGUUAUGUUUCCAACUUUCAUUGGCAUCCUAGACAUACAAUCAUGGUGGGAAGUCCCAAGCAUUGCUCACUUUUGUUCAUUGUUUCGUACAGCAUUUAACCUUUUGGAUUUCGAUAUUGAGGACUUGGAAGAAGCCCUUCUUAAUGAUGGAACAGAAGAAAAUUCGUGGCUCCAGGAACUCAUCGUGCGUCUACUAAGUGGGUGCCUCCCAAACAAUGAAAUCUCGACGUUCAACUAUCAGAUGUUCCUGAGACGUCUUUUUCGUCAGAAAUGCCAGGAACAUGAUCAGUACAACCCGUUUAACACGGACGUAGAUUUUCAGUUGUUACCUUUGCGGACUAAAGUGGACAUUCUACAUGCGCUCUGUGAUUUUCGUUUAGACGCUGACGACGUCCUCGAUCAAUUAAAGAAUUUGGAAGCGGAUAGUUUAAGAGUUGAACCUCUGGGUUAUGACAGUAACGACUCAGCUUAUUGGUAUUUCUAUGGUACUAGGUUGUACCGGGAAGACUUCAAGACCAAGAAUAACAAGAAGAAGUCCGUCUGGCAGGUUAUUUGUUUCACAGAGGACGACUGGUUUCAACUUAACAAAAAGUUCCAACACUCAACUGCUAAGUGUGAAAGACAGUUACAUCAUACUUUAAGUGAGAAUUUUUUACCAGAAUUACCUAGGUUGUUUCGCGAAAAAGAAAGGCUGGCCCGGAAACGCUUAUUGGAGAAUCAACCCAGACGGACGUCUAGGCGGUUGCGUAAAGAAAACGUAGAAGAAGUCUGUGAUUUACCUCAAGAAGUCAGUGUGGACGAAGGAGAACAACAGAAAAAACGUGAAUUGGAAACAAAAAGGCGCGAAGCGUAUGAGAGAAGAAGUAGGAUCAAGGAACAAAGUGAGGACAGCCAAAGUGAGCAGUCGGAAGGACGGUAUGAAAUGGGUGGGGCUAAAGCACGCCAAAAGAAGUCAAAAGGGAGACAGAGGAAAUUAUCAACAAGCUCAUCUAAUAGCAAAGAUGCAGGCCCCAAAAGCUCCAAAAGGAAGAAACCAAAUGAGGAUAAUUCAAAAUCUUCAACCUCGUCAACCACGACCACGGUCGGGCGCCAGACCAACAACUCACUAGCUGCCGCCACAGGACAAAUAGUAAUUAAAACAGUUGCCGAUUCACACAAGAAGAAACUUAAAACUUCAGAAGUGUUUGGCCAAACAGAUGAAGAUCUUAUUACAGGGAUGUAUAAAAUCCUAGAUUAUAUUAAGUGUCAGGAGGAUGCUUGGCCGUUUGCGGACCCCGUUGAUGAGGAGUAUGCCCCCAAUUAUUAUUCUGUUAUUAGAAAGCCAAUGGAUUUGCAGAGAAUGGAAGAGCGGCUUGAUGCGGGUUACUAUAAAAAUUUUGCCAAGUUUAGGGACGAUUUUCAGUUAAUUGUGGAUAACUGCCGUUUGUACAAUGGUGCAGAGAAUGAAUAUAGUAUAAUGGUUGGUAAAUUAUCGCAAGCGUUUGAAAUAGCAACGGAGAAAUUUUUGGAUCAAAUAUCGUCGUCGGACGAUGAAAUAGCAGUUGAGUUUUUGAACUCGGAUGCCGAUGUAAAAGAACCCAAGAAGAAUGCUAAGCCAGAAAGUCAAUCAAAGGCGUCAAAGCGGAAACCAGCUUUGGCGGCUAAGACUGAUAAAAAGAGGGAGCAUUCCCUCUCUGAAGAAUCUCUUGACAAAAGAAGUCUCUCUUACGAUUCGUCGUUAGAUGUUAAUGAAGGAAAGAAAGUGACGGCAAAUAAGAAAGAUAAAAGUGGGAAGAAGUCUAAUAAGGUGUCUAAGAAAGAUAAGAGUAAGGAAGAGAGUAAGAAGAAUGUGAAAGAAGAAAAAAAAGAGAAAAAGAAUUUAAGAACCAACAAUAAGCAUAAAAAAGAGAAAUACUCGAGCCCAGCGAGAAGUAGAAGCCCUAGUAGAAGUGUUUCUAGAAAUUCGUUUCUUGGAAGCUAUAGUAGUAGUCCUCCACCUUCAAGUGCCCCUUCUAGCCCUGAUAAUAGAUUCGAUUUUUUCCCCAAGAAACACAAGCUGAAACCCUCUGAUAGUGAUAGGGACGUCGAGAACCACUCAGCUGCCAAAGGUAAGCAGAAGCAGAAGCAAGACAAAUUCAAGGAGCUUUUUGAUCAAGACGAUACGAACUCAUGUGAUACCCAGUCAAAGAAACAAAACGACAAACCUGCCACACUACCAUCAAAACCAAAAGAUAAACACAACAAACUUAGGGAAACCAUCGAGAAACUAAAAGCUAAAAGUGAAAUAUCAAACAAGCUGAACGACGAUGAGUUUCAAUUCGAUUUAGACGCCCCCAAAGAAAAAUCCCGAAAAGAGAAAGAUGAUAAAACCAGAAACAAAAAAGAUAAAGUGAGCCGGAGCCAUACAAAGAAAGAGUUCGACUUUGAAGACAGCAACAGCACGAUGGAGAGUUCGCACACGUCCGAGAACAAAAAGAAGAAGAACAAUUCGAAAAAUUCGACGAUCAAGAACGCAUCGAUCGAGGCGUUGACCAUCGCCACUGAGCAGACGCUGAAGGACAUCAAUAAGUGGUUGGACGAUACGCCGAAAUUUUCCGAGUUCAGUUCGGCCAGCAACUCGCCGUCGUAUCCUGCCGUGGACGAUUUCGAUGUGUCGAACAGGGUGGACAACGACCCGAGGAAGAAAAUCGAGAAGUUUGGCCCGAAGAAAGACGGGGUGGGGAAAGACAUUAAAAGACGUACGUUUAAUAGAGAUCCUUCGAAGUUUCUGAAACGACGGGAAGUGCAAAGGACUAUAGAUCGUCUGCAGCCGGGGAAAAGCAAAGGCAAUUUGAUUUCGAGCGUUCAGAGUGCGAAGCAGACUGACGAACUGUUUCCUUUGGGACCGUUGUCGAAAAAUAAGGACACAAAAAAUUCGCUGAUUGUGAAAACUGACGAUAAUGCUCCGAAAUUGAGUCUCGGAUCGGUUUUGGACAGUUUCGGAAGGCAUAAGUUCGUGGAUGAUAAUACGAAGACGGAGGAGUUGGAAGAGAGUAAAGACAAAGAAAAGUUUUCGUUUCAGGCUUCUACUAAUAGUGAGUUGAAAGAGGAAGCAGAGGUGAAGCCCAAGACGGAUUGCGAGAAGAAAGAAUCUCCGGUUAGUGAAGAGUCGAGUAUGAUGAGUGGAGCCACACCAAAUUUAAGUGCCUGGUUUAAAGCUUUUGGUGCUCCUAAAGUACAGUCGUCUCAGAAGAAGAACGAUUCGAAACUCGACGGAAAAGAAAAUGACAAAUCUGAAGAUUUCAAAUCUGAUCUCAAAUCUAAAGAAGACGUUCCGAAUAAAGUUCCAGUUCCUGAUUUGUCUCCUAGUACUGAUAGUCCUGUGGCUGCUCAUGGUCAGCCUGUACCAAGACAAAGGAAAAUCAGUACUGGAAGUAGCAUGUCGGAACGUUCUUCUUUUAGUCAAGAUAUGGAUUCGCCUAGAGUGGGCAUUGAUGAAAGGUUGGGUGCUUACCCCGCUCCUUAUCCUUCCCCGCUUCAUAGAUCUCCGUCUGGAGCUUCUCCAAUAAUGGCGUCUCCACGACCGGAGUUAUCACCCAAAGCAGCUCCAUAUCCUCCAUUCAAUGGUCAAAUCAGAGUAGGUUUUUAUCAAGACAUCGUCUCGAACAAGAGCAGCCCAGACAAGUCCUGCAGUCCUAGAGAUAACCCGCAGUCCCCUUACACUCAAGGUUCCGAACAUGUGUACACUCCCAAUACCACUCAAAACAUGGCCUACUCUUACCCCAAUUCACCGUAUUACUCCCACACUCCCAAUUACAGCAACACGAACCCAACUCCUCCAUAUAACCCCGAAAAUGUAAAUUCGUCUUCGUAUUACGAUACGAAUAAAUCUCUAACCGACCAAUAUCAAGCUAAGAGUUCACAAAACUUCAACGUAGCUUCACCCGCUAACAAUAUUCCUUCGCCUUCACAUCCUCAACACUCACCUGUAGAAACAUUCCGACAAGAAGAUCAAAGCCAAAGUAAAGUUAACGAUAAAUUGGCUCAGACUGCCAUGUUUCCAGUGAAAAAACGUGCGUAUAAUGAAACGGAGUCGAGUCAGAUGCGAUAUGAGUCAGAAAUUGGUCGCAACGUCCAAGACAACCAGAAUGUCCAACCUAGUGAAUCUAUGAACAUGCAGAAUGCGAGGAACGAGGAGGCUAUGAAACACUACAUCCAUCAAAAUAUUCCAGAUCCUAAACCUUUGACCGUUCAGACGAACGUCGAGUCGUUUAAAUCACAAAGUACGGUUUCACCAAUUCAGCAGCAGCAGUUGGCUUCUCCUGUCAUAAAUUACUCGACUCCUGCUAAUCCAUACGGCAACAGCUACGGUAACGAUCCCAAUUACCCCUUGAAUAUACCUUCAAGAAGUUUAGCUUCAACUCCUACAAUGGAUAGGAAAAUCGACAUUAGUAAAUAUACUAAUAUGGGUUACACUGGACAAGAAGUAAACUUCUCUCGAAGUAUGCAACAGUACAACAGACAAGAACUCGCCUACGCUAGACCUCCUUCGAGUAACCAGCAACCCGUUUCGAACCAGCAAAGUCAGCAAACUUCGGACGUUCCUUUGCAUUACUCCAACUCCAGUCCCCAUAUGGGUUACAAGGGUAUGGAGAUGAACCCUCCCGCUUCGAACCCUCAACAAGCACAUUCUAAUUACACAAAUACUUCGGCACAUUCAAAUACUAAUCGUUUAGCUCAACCACAACCCUUAGAUGUACAAAGUUCGUAUAAAUCUAAUGAAGUGUCAAUACCUAGACCUACGUAUAAUACGCAUCUUGACAUGGACCAACCUUUAGGUUUAAGGGGCAAUAUAGCAAAUUUGUCGCACAUUGUUGAUCGUUAUAAUAACGACGAGAGAAUGUUGAGUGGUUUGCAGUCGUCAGCGAGUCAGUAUUACGGUGAUAAAGGGUUAGGAGGGCCUCAUAUGUUUAACAAGCCUAUUAGUACUAGUGCUUCUGGUUUGCCUAUUUUCAACCAACCGAAUAUGGGCAUACAGUCGUAUAAUCAGAAUAUACAGACGCCGUCGUCGCCCAUGUACAAUAGGCAAAUGGCGGAACUUCAGAGUCCCGUGAUGACGAACGAAGUCAAGAGUGCGAAUGUUGCACAGCAGAGUGUGGAGAAGAAGUCGAAGAAACGGAAGAGUGCUAAAACUGCGCAAGUUGUCUCUGCCGCCGAAUCUCCGGCGCCAUCCAACAAUCAGGGCUUCCAGUCAUACGCGGGUUUGAAAUCGAACUCCCCCAUGGAACCAAGUGCAAUAUCCCUAAAGACUACCAGCGUCGUGCCGGGCAGCGCCUUCAACUUCGGACCAUCGCCGUCAGCCCUGGGCAUAGGCUCGGGCCUGUACGGCGACAAAGAUGCAUAUCCCAAUUUCUUGGAGGACUUCCGAGCCGCCCCCAAUUACUACAUCGCGGCGGCCACCGCCGCCCACCACCGCUCCACCCCCGAGGCGCCCGACAAGCAGACGCGCGUGGCGGCGCAUCAGUCGUCGGCGCGCCAGGCCCCCGGUUACCCCUUCAUCGGCGCGCGCCAGGCCACGCCCCCCGGUUACCACUUCAUGCCGUCUGCGCAGGCGCCGCUAAUGGACGCCAGCUCGCCGCUCUACCAGCACUACCUGCAAGCGGGCGUUUUGAACCAGGGACUGCUGGGCCCGCCAGGGCCGUACCCGCCCGGUUACCACCCCGCGCUGAGCAUGAGGCAGCCGUACGAAUCCAUGACGAGGCCGCCCUGGCUGUAAUCGGCGGGUUUACGGCUGUUUCGGGAAAGUUAUAGUGAUCGUUUUUAUUUGCCAAAGACACUUGUAACCGUUUGUUAACAUGUACAUUGAAUUUUAUUAUUCUUAAAAAUUAAAUUUUAUGAGACAUUUUUGCGAA